GAAGAUACGUGCGACAAGCGUGAUUGCGUCAUGGCGUAGAUCCUAGAGCGACGUAUGGUGGGCUGGAUUUCGUUUCCCCGGAGAUUACGACCUGUUAGCCUCGAGAGCUGGACUUUAGCUGUAGCGGUUGAAGUAGAGUGGUGGCAGCGGCAUGGGAACUCCUGGGGGCCUGCACUCGGAUUUUGAGGCGCUUCUCACGCGUUUCCAGGAGACCGACAGCGUCCGAUUCGAGGAUUUCACUGCCCUAUGGAGGGAGAUGAAGUUUCAUACUAUCUUUUAUGGCAGAACAAGACAUAUGGAAAAGAACAAAUUCACAAAGGAAGCUUUAGCUCUGGCAUGGAAAUAUUUUCUACCUCCAUACACCUUUCAAAUCAGAGUUGGUGCUCUGUAUCUUAUGUAUGGACUGUAUAAUACACAGCUCUGUCAGCCAAAGCAAAAGAUUAGAGUAUGCCUUAAAGAUUGGGAUGAAGUUAUGAAAUUCCAGCAAGAUCUGACAAAUGCACAACAUUAUGAUGCUUCUUAUAUUCUUAGGAAGCUGCGACUGGACAAAGCCUUUCAUUUCACAGCAAUGCCCAAACCUCUGUCUUAUAGAAUGAAGAAAAACAUUCCACGAACUGAAGUUACAGAAGAAUUUAAGGAACCAAAUGACCGGGUAAUGAAGCUCAUCACUGCUGAUACUUUAGAGGAAAUUAUGAAUAUCCAUGAUCAUUACCAGGAAAUGAAGCAGAUAAUUUCAGCUGAUAAAUCCCAACCUGAUAAAGCCCUCAGCUUGAUAAAAGAUGAGUUUUUAGUUAACGUUAAGAACUUGGUUUUAGAACAUAAACAGUGGCAUGAAGACAAAAAGAAGCUAUUAAUAAAAGUUAAAAAUGAAGAUGACCAAAGAGAAAAGGAAGGAAGUUCACAAGAAUUGGAAGGUUCUGAAAGAGCAGGAGCUUUAGCUAAAAUAAAAUCAAAGGCCUAUUCAAUUGUGACUCAGGCAUCCAAGUCAAGAAGACAUCGUCAAGUUAAACUUGAGCCACUUGAAUCAGAAUUUGUUAAAAAACUAGUCAAGACAUCUUAUAAUAAAAGAAACACAGAAAAAUUGGAAUCAGGAGAGGAAACAUCAUCUCAGAUUAAAGGUAGCAAGCAGAGUAUAAAGAAAGAAGCUUCAUGUCUCAGUAUGCCAGUUAUUACUAAAGAAGAAGAAGAAAGUGAGGUUUUUAGUGAAAUGGGUAAAGUUGAAGUGUCAAAGAAUUCUAGAAAUUUUAAUUUUAGAGAUUCAAGUACUUCUUUCCCUGAGCACUAUUCAGAUAUUUUAUCUCCCUUCUGUAAUACUUUUACAUUUAGUAUUUUGUACUACUUCAGUAUUAAUCCAUUCCAAAUAUCAUGCCACUUAAAAGAAUAAAGAAUAAUAAUAAAGUCAAUAUGCUCAAAGUCUUUAAUGUGAUCUAAUAAAAUACUAAUAGAUUUCCCUAAUUCUUGGGGCAUCUUUUGCAGAUAUCAAGGAUUAUUUUAUUGAAUUUUUAGGUAUAAUUUUUUUCAAGUUCUUUGAAUAGAAAAAGUAAUGGCCACAUUAAACAUUUAAAAAAAACUAAAUAUCAGUGUAAAAUUCAACUAGGUGAGGUUAAAUUGAUUUUUUUAUAACUUCAUUUCAUUAAAAUGUCACUUAUACAAAAGAUGACAUAGCAGAAUACUAAUGAUUUAGAGCUCGGCUAUUUUUCUUGAUUGCUAUUAUGUUGGCAAUAGAGUGCUCAAUAUAUGUGUGUGUGUACUUUUGUAUUCCUCUAGGCACUCAUAACUUGGUGAAUUAUAAAGUGGUUCCUGAAUGUCUCUUCAUCUUCUCAUUUGUACUGUUUAAACAAUUUUUUUGAAGCAAAGAAUUAAAAGAUAGCAUAUUUAAAGGGACAUUUCAUUAUUUGAGAAUGCUAAAAUUAUAAGGAAAGAAAAGGGAUUACUUUUUCAAAUAUUUUUGUAGCACAAUGUGAAAUGAGAUUUAAAAAAUAUAUAUUAACGAGCCAUCCAUCAAAGACUUUUGGUUGAAAACAUACGUAGGCUUGUGCCAUUAUAGCCAAAAUCUGGCCUGUGGGAUUAAAGGAAAAAAAAUUCACCCAAUUUUUAUAAGCCUUUUUCUCUUCACACUUAUUAUUGUCUUUAGUGAUUACUGCACAUAUAAUUAAACCUCCUUUAUCCAGCACGGUUGAGAAAUAAGUUAUUUUGGACCACAGAUGUUUCCAGGUAAUUGAAAUUACCUCUUUACACAUAUAUCUUUAGCUUAAUUAUUUCUUAUACUUAUUUGCUUCUUCUUUCCCCUACCCCCUCUAAGAUGUAUUACACAAUUUCUUGGAUUUGAGAAGAAAGUGUACUUUUAAAUAUUACAUUGAUAAAGGAAGUUAUAGAGUCAUAUAGAUUUAAAGCUAAAAGGGGUCUCAGGAACCAUCUUCUUCAAUUCUCUCAUAGCACAUGGUUUGUAGAGUUAGAAUUAGAAGGGACCUGAGAAAUCAUCUAUCCAGGUUUAUUUAUUUUACAGAUGAGGAAACUGAGGGCCCUGAGAGAUUGUAACUUGUUCAUUUUCUCACACAGAAAAUAAGUAAAUUGACAUUUGACCAGAUUCUCUGUUUCCAAAGUUGGUAUUCUUUCUAUUGUCCCCUGCUGCCUGUAGAAUUUCAGGUCACAAGCCUCUAGACUAGGAAAUUAUUCUCUUUUUUAACUUUUAGGAUUUGCUCCCCAAUCUAGAAUCUUUCUCCUUCUUUGCCCAGAUUUGUCCUUUGCUUUGUUCUGUUUCUCUGAUUUCGAGAUACUCAAAUGGCUUAUUUAAAGGAUGGCUUCUAAUGUAAUGAUUAAUCUUAUUUUUCUGUCAUGUGUAUCAGCAGUUUCCAGAUGUUGCAUGUAUCCCAGAGAUCUGUUUUUUAGCCCAUUAUUUGUCACUUGGAAUGCUAUUUUGCAGAGACAGCAGAUAGAAAAGAUAAAAGGGAAAGAAAAGCAGAAAGCUAGACCUGACAUUUGAAAACAUGAGUGAGAGCCUGGUGACCUUGGGCAAGUCACUGAGCCUCUCAUACCUCACUUUCUCCAUUAUAAAAUAUGGAUGAUAAUAUUUGCACUACCCUUUUCAUAGGGUUGUUAUGAGAUCACAUGAAAUUAUGUAUUAUUUCCUUGUAGAAAGUGUUAUUAUUAUUGGUUAGAUUUCUGUAGUACUCAUGAAAAUGUAAUUUGUGAUAUAGCUUAACUUUAAAUCCAUUUAUGUUCUAUAAUAUUGUUUCUUUGGACAGGUUGUGGGUUACAACUAUGAUACUAGGAACAGAUUGCUUUCUUCUCUGAGAGUGGAAGGAAGAACUUUUUUACCAUGUUCUUUCCCUGAUCUAGCAAUACUUUUUUGCCUCUCAUGUUCAUGAUACAUGUCAUUAUAAGGGACUAAAGCUUUAAAAAUUCAUGGGAUGGGAUAUCAUUGAGACUGGUUUCAAGUAUAAGAAUUUCUUAACCUAACCUGAUGACAGGGAGUGUAGGGACUCCUACAGUGGCAGUGAUAGCAGCAGUUUGGGAUUUAGAUAGGGGUUGGAACUUUUUCCCUAUUGUCCUGGGAGUAGGAAGUGAUGCCUUUGAUGACAGGAGAUUUCAGAAUGGCAGCAGCAGUUCUGGUGGUGGUAAUCAACUUCUGACUGAAGGGGCCGUAGAAGGGGUUGGAAAUUUUGUGGCAGUGGUGGUGGGGUAAGAGUACACAGAUGCCAGGGGUUCAAAAGAAACUUCUUAGCAUUAUGAACUUGACAAACACCAACAAACAUGAACGUUUCCAUAUACCAAGAAGUAUAGAAAAAAAAAUUAUAUGUGAAACUAAAUCACAAUUAUACAAAGAUAAUUUUAAAGCAUUUAUUAAUUUUAAUAUGUAGUACCAAAAGUACCCUACUUGGAUAUAUCCCCUUCUGAAUUCUCUUUUGCUCUCUUUAAUUUUAAAAUAUUUGUUUCUCUUUAUUGGUAUCAUUGUUAAUACCUUAAUUUUGCUAUACAAAACAAAUUCACAUUUUGACUGGAUCUGAGAAUAUAUAUUUCAGCCUAACCUCUAGCCUGUUACCUCUGCCAAAAGAUGGGAAAUAUAAUUCAUCAUCAGGUUACUGCAGUUAUCAUUGGUCAUUACAUUGAUCAACAUUCUUAAGUCUUUCAUAGUAGUUUUCCUUUGUCAUAUUGUAGUCAUUGCAUAAAUGGUGUUCCUGAUUCUGCUCUCUUACCUCCCUAUCAAUUUGUACAAAGCUUGGGUUUCUUUGAAGCUAUUCCUUUUAUUCUUUUGAUGCAAUUUUACAUUACUUUCACAUACUUGCAUUUCCCAGGUUAUGGGUACUUGGUUUCUAGGACAAUAAAAAUAAAUAAAUACAAUAAAAAGUGCUGUUAUACAUAUUUUAUGCCUAUGGGUCGUUUUCUUUUUUCUUUUUUCUUAAAUUUUUAUGGGAUUUUUUUUUCCUCUUUAGGGAUAUAUUUGUGUUCCCAGAUGAUAUUUUGCUAUUAUUUUUUUUCUAACCUUUGUGUAAUUUGAUUGGGAUAGCAUUGAAUUUGUAAAUUAGACCUAGUAUUGUUGCCAUUCUUAUUUUAUUGGUGUGGUCCAGCAAUGAGUGACUAAUAUUUUUCUUUUUUUUUUUUUUGACUAAUAUUUUUCUAAUUAUUUAGUCUUUUUCUUAUUAGUCUUUCAGUGUUUUAUAGUUUUAGAGCUAUAAUUCUUUGUGUAUUUUAGUACUCUCCAUUCUCCUGCUGGAUUUUGUUGAUAAUUUAGAAAAACUGUUGAUUUUUGUAGGUUUAUUUUAUUUUAUUUAUUUAUUUUCUUGCUUUGCUAAAGUUAUAAAAUUUUCAAGUACCUUUUAGUUGAAUUUUAGGUUCUUCUGGGUAAGACCAUCAUGUCUGAAAAGAAUAUUGAUCUUGUUUCUUUUUUUCCUAUGCUUACUCCAUUAAUUUGUUUUUCUUGUCUUUUUGCUAAUGCUUGUAUUUCUUGAGCUAUGACAAAUAGUAGUGAUGACAAUGGACAAAUUUAUUGGAAAGAUCAUUAGUGUUUCUCUGUUACAGAUAAUGCUACUUGCUUGGUUUAGAUAAUUAAGAAAUACUCCAUUCCUUUAUUUUUAAAAAUAUUUUUUAUUGUAUUUUGCCAAAAGCUUUUUCUAUAUCAGUUGAUUGAUGUAGUGUUAUUGUUUACUGUUUUUGUUAUUAAUAUGGUCUGUUCUAUUUAUGGUUUUUAUAAUAUUGAAUCAAUAUAGGAUCAUGGAUUAGAGCUUAUAGAGGCCUUUAGAACCUUUAGUCUAACCCCUUCUUAUUUUAUAGAGAAAAUAGAGGCCAAUAGGACUGUGUCACAUAGCUACUAAGUGUUUGAGGUAUUUGGAUUCAGAGGCUAGCUGGUACUUAAUGUUUUCUCCCCCACCCUCCUUUUUCAAUAGCUCCUUGUCUAUUUGGAUAGGCAGGACAUAUAAUAUAAGAUCUCUAAUGCUUAUAUAUUUCUUUUUUCGUAUGUUUCAGAAUUUUCCAUUUUAAUGGAAAAACUUUGCUCUAAGUACUGUCAAGUACCCUUUCACUUAAAUAUGUUCUUGGAUGACUACAUUUCAUAUAUUAAAUGAAAGUAUUAAAUUUCUAUAAAGUCUUUCUGAAGGAAAAUCUCAUGUGCAGAUUAGACUUGCAUUUUCUUGGAUUUUUGAACCAAUUGGCUAUGGUUAGAAAAUCUAUUUCUGUCCUAUUGUUUAAUAUUUUCAGUAUUAAAUUAAAAAAAAACUUUCAUUUAAGCUAUGUAGUUUAUGUAGAGUAUAACAGAGUAAAGCUCGCCAGGUUGUUAGCUGUCAACUCUCAGAAUAAAUAUAUUUAUCUUUACAUUUUUGCUCCUUGAAAAAUAAAUGAAACUAUUUAUAGAUGAUACACCACUGCUAUAAUUUAGGAAGCAUUGUUUAAUUUCUGAUGUCAUCUAUUUAGGCCUAAUGAACUUCUAAAUU